AUGUCGAAGAACUUGGCGCCCGAGACGCCCCCAAGCAGAGGAAUCUCCUCUCGCUUGCUGACGAUGAAGUUCAUGCAGAGAGCUGCUGCAAACGGAUCGCCUGCCGAGCCUUCUCCCGAGGAGCCUUCGUCCAAGCGGCGCAAAUUCCAGAACUCUCCCCUGACUGGGGACUUCCACUCGUUCGACCAGUCGGCUGUCCAAGCAGCUCUCAAGCAGCAGGAGGCCAAGCGAUUGCAGGCGCUGGAAGCAUCUAGAGCCGAGGUAUCAGAUACGCAUUGGGUGUUGGAUGGAUCAUGGGGCAAAGAGGAGGAUUCUGGGAAUGUGCCGCCGAACAUCGUCUACGUCGGCUUCGCGGAUAUCGACGGAACCAAUGAGGAAGGCGACGAGGAUAGCCCCAAACAAGUCGGCAGAAAGAUGAUUGGAAGCUACAAGAAAAAAGACGCAAAGAAACCUGGCGUUGAAGCCACGCCGAAGGAUGAAAGCGAUUCAAGUGAUUCCGGCGACUCCGACGCGCCAAGCGACGAAGAUGAAUCUUCCGGCGACAACGAGACGCCCGUGUCCAAGUCGAAGUCGAAGCGAAUCGAGGGUCUAUCAUCUGGUGGACAGGGUCGCACAAGAGUGAAUCUCAAGCCGACAAAGUCCGCGGAGUCCCGCAAGGCCCAGGAGUUCCGGGACAAGAGAAGGAAGAAGGAAGUGAAGCUGAACCAGUUGUCGUCCAUCUCUGGCAGCUUCUCAAACAGUCCUGGUGGGGGUAUUUCUGGAGCCGCCAAACCCCCUAUGAAUUGCCACAACUGUGGAAAGCAGGGUCACAAGGCCGCUGACUGCCCCAAGCGUGGAAACGGCAAGAGGAAGUCAUUCCAGAAGUCUUGA